ACCCACCCCAUUUUAUUUACCCCGAUCUCACCCUCUGUCCCCCCGCCUACUGCUUCAUACUCCGUUUUUAACCCUAUGCGCUAUGUACAGCUAUGAUCACAGCCCAUUGUAAGGGAAGCAUACUGAAAUAUACCUCGAGUAAAUACUGAGGAUCUUCAAAAAUGCAUCUGUUUUAUUUACCAUUUUGAGUUCACGUUUAUAUCGGAGAGAAUAGUGAAGAUGGGGUGCUGCUCGGGGAGGUGCAUGUUGAUGUUCUUCUGCGCUCUUCAACUGAUCACUGUUGUGGAGAGACAGGUGUUUGAUUUUCUAGGUUACCAGUGGGCACCCAUCCUUGUCAACUUCCUGCACGUCAUUGUGGUGAUAUUGGGCUUGUUUGGGACAGUCCAGUAUAAGCCCCGUUAUGUAGUUUUGUAUAUAGUCUGGACCGUGUUUUGGGUGACUUGGAAUAUCUUUAUCUGUUGCCUUUAUCUAGACCUCGGAGGGCUUUCAAAGGACAGUGAUUAUCUGUCACUGGGACUUUCAUCUCACCGUUCAUGGUGGAAGGACAAUGGUCCAGGCUGUGAGAACAGAAACCUCCCGACCACUAGAUGGCAGCAUUUGGACAGUCCUGCUCUGGUCUCCGAACUGAGCUGCUUGUUAGAGUAUCAGUACAUCGAGGUUAUGCACAGCGCCCUGCAACUGUUCAUUUCUGCCCUGGGAUUUGUAUUUGCCUGCUACAUCGUCAGCAUCUUCAAUGAAGAGGAAGACACAUAUUUGUAUAAGUGACAGUGUCCAGAUGUCAACAUCUUGAGAGAGAGACGGAACAUUGAGAGGGGAAAGAGAUAGCAGAAAAGGACUUCAAGCAUUCUUGGAAUUAGUGAAAACAGAAACCAGAUCAGAUGGAUUUUAAAUUAUUUAUAUAUGUAUAAACAUAAUAAUACACAAAAAUUAAGAAGAUAAGAUUGUAGGAGGUGCUAUUUAACAUUUUCAUGACUGACUUUAUGCUGAACUUCUUGCUACCUACCUCUGCCAAUUCUUUGUAAUUUUGUUUUUAAAUUUUGUAUACUGUUUAAGUCUGUGACUUUUAAUUUUACUCUUCAGAUGGUAUGUUUUGUACAUUUUGUUCAAAUCAGAAGAGUUUAAACAAUGCAGAGCUUUCAGUAAAAUGGUUUAAUGUUGGAGAUUAAAUGAAGAAUUGCUUUACAUGCACUUGUGUCAGUACACAGCAAAAUGCUGUUUCAUUUUUAAUGAUCAACAUCUGUCUCUUUUACUACCAGUAACACAUGCCAUAUUUGUGCGAGUAUGGAGCAAUUAUAAUAUCUGCAUGUAGUGAUCUGUAUCUUAAUGGCCCAAAGAAAAACGUUGCAACACAUAUAGAACCUCAUUUUGUCAAUGUAAAUAAUACAGCAUUUACUGAACACUGUAUUUUGAAUGCUGACUGUAGUGAGUCGUAUCAUAUUUUCUUAAAUUAUACAUGUAGUGCAUAUCUUAAUAAAUAUUUGAACACCACA